UUUUAGAGAAAGCAGGGGAAAAAAAAAAAGAAACUAAAAAAGAAAAAGAAAAGCUUUCUUCGUUAGUUUUCUGAAAUCUGAACGAAUGAUAAGUAUAGAUUAAAAAAUUGAAAGAAAAAAAAAAAACUCUGUUUUGACAGUUGACACUUGAAAGGAAAAAGGGAAAAUAUUUUUUCUUUCUCCUUGACGAUUCACACCAGCCCAUUCACACCACCCUCAUAUAAUAUUCUCUUCCAUUAAUCCAUCCGACUUUUUCUUCGUCUUCUAGAUUGAGAUCUUCUUCUUCUUAUUCUUAUUCAGAAAGAGGAAAAAAAAAAGGUUUAUGGUUAUGGAGGGACAUCAUCAUCACCAUCACCAUCAUCAAUAUCAACAACAACAACAACAACAACAGGCGAUUCAUCAUCAGCAGAAUAUAAGCGUAAGCGUGGAUGUGAGCGACAGAUUUCCUCAAUGGAGUAUGCAAGAGACGAAGGAGUUGCUGAUGAUCAGAGCCGAACUCGACCAGACUUUCAUGGAGACCAAACGGAACAAGCUCCUCUGGGAAGUCAUCGCCAACAAGAUGAAAGAAAAGGGUUUCAAUCGCAGCCCAGAACAGUGCAAGUGCAAGUGGAAAAAUCUAGUUACUAGAUACAAGGGAUGUGAAACUAUGGAGGCUGAAACUGUGAGGCAGCAAUUCCCAUUUUAUAAUGAGCUCCAAGCGAUUUUCACCGCUCGGAUGCAAAGAAUGUUGUGGGCUGAGGCCGAAGGAACUGGAUCAAAGAAGAAAGCUGUUGCACUGUCUUCCGACGACGACGAUGACGAACACAACGACGGUAGUGAAGGAGAACAAAAGGGCAAUAUUGGGAGUACAAUGAGAAAGAAAAUGAAGAAAGUGAAGGCUAUUGGUAGUAGCAGUGGAACUACUUCAGGAGGUGGUAUUAGCAGCAAUAAUUUGAAAGAGAUACUAGAUGAUUUCAUGAAGCAGCAAAUGCAAAUGGAGGCGCAAUGGCGAGAGGCGUUCGAGGCGAGGGAGAAGGAGAGGCGGUUGAAGGAGAUGGAGUGGAGGCAGACAAUGGAAGCGCUUGAGAGCGAGAGGUUGAUGAUGGAGAGGAGGUGGAGAGAGAGGGAAGAGCAGAGAAGGAUGAGAGAGGAAGCUAGGGCUGAGAAGAGGGACGCUCUUAUCACUGCUUUGCUAAACAAGCUCAGAAGAGAUGAUCAUGCUUCUUAGCUAGCUAGGGAUCAUGUACUACUCAUGUGACUCUUGAUCAUGAUCAUGAGAGGUUUGUUAAUUUAUCUCUCUUUGUAACUCCAAAAUGGUUUUUUUUUUUAUUGAUGGGAUAUUGUAGUUUGGUCUCAAUUACGAUCGACCGACCUCCUCACUGUUUUUGCCCAACGAGGCUUGCUUUUGCUGGUGAACGGGGGAAAAGAAGCUUUCAAUAGAUGUCAAUUAAUGUGUCACAUUCUUUUUAUUAGAUUAAUAAUCAGAUCUCGUAA